AGCCGGAGUUCAGGGCGGGGGCGGCCAUCUCUGUCGCUGACGCUGGGUCUAGGAGCUGCGGGUCCCGCCACUGCGAGGAGGAGGAGCGGUGAACAGGGCAACGAUGGGCGGCUCCCAGAGCACCGACAUCCCCAGUGGGGGCAACGACGGCUUCCACGUACACGGGAUCCAAGAUAAUUCUCCAGCCCAAAAAGCAGGCUUGGAACCUUAUUUUGAUUUCAUCCUUACCAUUGGAAAUACUAGGCUGAACAAGAAUAACGACACUUUUAAGGACCUGCUGAAAGCCAAUGCAGAGAAGCCAGUGAAGCUGGAGGUGUACAGCAUGAAGGCUGCCAAGGUCCGGGAGGUGGAGGUUGUCCCGAGUAAUAUGUGGGGUGGCCAGGGUCUGCUGGGCGCCAGUGUCCGCUUCUGCAGCUUUGACGGAGCGCAUGAACACAUCUGGCAUGUGCUGGAUAUUGAACCAAACUCUCCAGCCGCCCUGGCAGGUCUUCAGCCUCACACUGACUACAUCGUUGGAGCAGAUCAAGUGAUGCAAGAGUCUGAAGAUUUUUACAGCUUGAUUGAGGCAUUCGAAGGAAAGCCCUUGAAACUACUGGUUUAUAACAGUGAGACGGAUACGACCAGAGAUGUAAUGGUUACGCCCAAUGGUGCCUGGGGAGGAGAAGGAAGCUUGGGUUGUGGCAUUGGAUACGGUUACUUGCACAGAAUCCCCACCCUACCUGCUGUGCCGGAGAAGAAGAUAGAGAUUCCAGCACCUCCUGUGGCAAGUGCUGUGCCUGAGAGUCCAGAAAACGGAUACAAGGAGGCACCAUUAGUAGCCCCCAGCUCACCGACUGACAGAUCAACUGAGAGCCCAGGUUUGGAGCAUGGACUGGCUGACCUGACGGUGGAUACCUCUCUCUGUCCUCCUCCCAUACAUCGUGUCAUGGAUCCAGAAUUUCCACCUGGACCCAUGGAUGUUCCUGUAGCUCAUGACGUGUCCAAGAUAUUGAACACGUCACUGUCCUCGUCUUCCACGUCCUCAAGCGCAGCAAGUGAAAGCAACGCUGGAACUAAUGGGUUCCUCACCAACGAAGAACUUGAUCUUAAUUCUGAACAAGGUAGCGCAGUGACUCCUGAGGGUCUAACAUCCGUCAGUUCAGCGCCAAAUGCUGAUACUUCAUCAGUACAAACAGAACCAGAUCAGGAUCUCUCGGACGCCACAGCCACUUCGCUUCCCACCUCUGCUAAAAUGUCGCCAGACACCGACCAUACCGAGUCUCUACCAGAGGAUCAGAAGGAACACCCAUCGGAAGAGGAAGAUGCAACAUCUCACAAUCCCAAAUUGACCAGAGAUGAAGCAGGAGAGUCUUUGGGUUGAAGAGUCUACACGGACAAGGCACUGCAGCAAAUGAGACUUUCACGGUGGCUAAAUACUUUACCUGGGUUUUCUUUUAAAUGUGUCUCGCUGAUAACUAUUGCAUACAAAGCAAGCAGUUGUAUUUGGGCCUGUUUCUUUGCUUCUUGACUGAAGGAAAUGUAACGCUGACUAUUUCAUUACCUCUUUCACGGGAUGUCUGGAGUUACUUAUUCCACAGUACAAGAAGCAUGAGGAAAAUUCCACUGAUUAUUACUCCAAUUGUUUGCUAAAUCACAAUUCUGACAACAGGCCUCCCUUUUGCUAAAAGUGGCUAUCUUAUUUUUUUAUUACUCAGAAUUCUUUUAAAAAGAGAAACCAUGGUGAACGGAAGAUUAACUUGGGAAAGAAAUUAUUCAGAUUGAAAAAUAUUUUAAUUGUUUUGCUUUUCUGAUGUAUUUCUCCUCAGUGCAACAUUACCUUGUUGAUGCGAGAUUAGUGCAAUCAAAUUCCCGGAUGGAAAGGAAUUUUUGAGAGAUUGGAUAUGAUUAAAAUUAUCGGAAGCUUUCAGGGAACUUCAGAAAUAUAUCUGGUGACGACUUCUGAUCUUUUUGAUUAGAUUAAGUUGCUCAAUUUUAUUCUCCUUCAAGCUGAGUAGGGAAUUCAACACUAGCUUACUUAGAACAGAAUAAUGAUACUAUUUGAUGGAAACGUGGCAUAGAGUCUUACAGUAUGGAAACAGGCCCUUCAGCCCAUCUUGCCCACACCGGACAAUUUAUCCCAUCUACACUAGUCCCACUGACCCAUAUCCCUCUAAACCUAUCCUAUCCAUGUACCUGUCUAAAUGUUUCUUAAAAACGUUGCAAUAGUACCUGCCUCAACUACCUUCUCCGGCAGCUUGUUCCAUACACCCACCACCCUCUGUGUAAAAAAAGUUGCCCCUUUUUGUUGAAAGUGGAAUGGGAAUACCAGCAAAAUGAUUGAGAUGGAAGUGUGCAUUCACAAAGGUGGAGUAAUUGUAAGUGUAAAAUGUAGAUCAGUAUUAGCAUUAGCAUUCACCCACAGUCCCAGGCUUUUGAUGAAUUUUCUUUCAUAAUUAAUGUCAGAACUUCCCAAGGUUGCAGUUUUUCUCCAUUCCCGUUAGUAAACAGUGGACAAAUGAAAAAAGUUAUUUUAAAAAUUGAAGUUCCGAACAAAAUAUCUUCCGAUGUUCCUCUGAACAAGUGAAGCCAAAUUAGCUCCUUGGGUAACACUCUCUGUCCCCUCCUCACAGUAACGGAAUUAUAAGGAAGGAAUUGUACCUUUAUAACCUCUUUACAUGCUAGCUUUCUCUCAUUCAGCUUAAGGGACAUCACUGCUAUUCUGUUAACUGCUUGCCAUACCCCAGGCUACAAAGAAAUUGGCAAACAAUUGAUUUUGCACUGACUUUCUCCUACUAUGAAAAUUUAGUCUAUGCAAACCUUAUGAUUUUUCAGUAACAAUUUUCAUUCAUUUACUCUUUGCUUCACUGGGGCAACUGAAAGAUUGGCCAGUCUUCUCAUAGUUGUGUAUAAACUCUCUGACCCUGGCCAGUACGAUAGUUAGGUCCAAUUCUGAUCUGCCUGAUGGCUUCCCACAAGUAUAUUCCAUCAGUAAUCACUGAAAACUGUUUUUUUUAACUA